AUGGAGAAACCCUCCCCUGUUUACUUUACGCAGGAGAUGGCAGCUAGUGCGUCGUCGUCGCUUGAGACACAUGAACUGGAGGAAUGCGAUUUCGAUUCGGACCUCGAGGUCAAGGAUCCCUUGAACCCGAGAAAUUGGUCAUCGGCGCGGAAGACCAUGCUCUUUGUGUCGCUGAUGACGAGCUCGUUGUUGGCAGAUGGGGCUAUGGUAUGGGGUGGAACCCUGGUCACGGAGCAGGCCAUGGAUUGGAAUAUUACCAUCGCUCAUUCGGCGACUAGUAUGAAUUAUGGCAUCCUGCUGCAGGGGUUUGGCGGAAUUUUUGCUGUUCCGCUCAUUGAGGCGUAUGGGCGUUUGCCGAUCUGGCUGUGGCCUCAGGUGAUCACUAUGUUUAUGGUGCUGGGUGCCACCCUCUCCAAUGAUUGGUCUACCUUCACGACCUUCCGCUCUUUGCAGGGUCUAUUUGGCACAGUGCCUCAGGUAAUUGGGCUCCCGAUCAUUCAUGAUAUGUAUACCUCGGCUGAAUGGCCGCGGAUGAUCAAUAUUUGGGGCACCGCCUUCCUCGUCGGGCCAUUCCUUGGUCCUGCGAUAGCUGGAUACAUUGGUGCCGGGUCAGACUGGCGUAUUUCCUUCGGGGUCCUGACAGCCAUCUAUGGCCUGUCCACUGUCAUGGUGAUUCUCUUCGGCUAUGAGACAUAUUACAAGCCUGGACGAAUGAACAAUCAGUCACGACUCGCGUCUUAUUUUGGCAUUGGAAAUACCCUGCUUCCCAAGGUAUCGACGUUGAUAUAUUGGAGCCGAACAGUCGUGGUCUAUGUGUUCAAGUUCCCGUUGCUGAUGACUGGAAUCGCUAUCUUGGUAACAUUCACUUGGCCGAUUGGAAUCACAACCACCAUCGAUAGCUUCCUGCACAGCCCUCCAUAUUUGUUUGACACGAUCGAGGCAUCAUCAAUGCGAUUCGCCGGUGUGAUUGGAGCUUUAUGUGGCUGGGCAUUUGGCCACUUCUUCAACGGCUGGAUCUUCAAGCGUCAUAGCUCAAACUGGCGAACCGAGCUCCGCCUCCACGGUGUCUGGUUCCCGAUAGGUAGUAUGGCAAGCGGUCUCCUCACCUACGGACUAACCAUGCACUUUGGCAAGCACUGGAUUGGGAUAGCCAUUGGGUGGAUCAUGGUGAACAUCGGCAUGGUAGCCACGGUUGUUGCCAUCUCGGCCUAUACAUUGGAAAAAUACCCGGAGCAGGCGACCUGUGUCUCGGCCAUUCUGAAUAUGUGGCGCACCUGCGGCGGGUUCGCAGUGGGAUACUUCCAACCUGCAUGGAUUCAGCGCGAUGGCCUCGGACUGGUCUUUGGCAUUCAGGCUGCUAUUCUGUGUGUGGCUGUUGCUUUGACUAUCACUCCUGUGUUGUUGUGGGAGCGGAAAAGGCGGCUGCGAGUUGAUGCUGAAGCUGAUCCUUGA